AUGGCGGUGCCGUCCGGAGUCUCGCGGGCCGCGAAGCAGCCAGAGAAACGCGCGGAACAGGCGUCGCCACUCAAGAGGCGCGCGUGGUGGUGGACAGAUGCGACAGCAGACAGCGACAUGGAGCGCGCCGUCGCUGCGAGCGAGACGGAGCUGCUGAAUGCCGCUGUGUUGUGUGCAGCGCUAUCUGCGACGCAGUCGGAGCCUAUCGAGACUGACGGGCCGGUGAACGACCGCUCAAUGCGUGAACUGGAUAUGCAUGUGCGCAAGUCGCCUCUUCCGCACAGUCUGCGGUUUCCGGUGCUGGCGUUCACACCCGACUACGUCCUCAUAGAGUCGGAGCUCGCUAUGCUCUGUGCUGUACGAGCCACGAAACCUACUGAUGUUAUACAGACUGUGGUGAGCUCAGCCGCUCCUUUCUCUCGUCCUUAUUUGCAUCGAUUCGGUGGAGCGAGGAUCCAUGCGCCGUUUUGGAAGCGAACACAGCGUCUCGACUUGCAAGACAUCCAUCAAAAAGCACGACAAGCUAAGAAGAUGCUGCUCUUGUGCGGUCACUCUAUCGGUGGCAGCAUUGCGCAGCUGGCAUUCUGUGAACUGGUGUAUCUGCACUUACCGACAAAAACGAGAUUGCUGUUAGAAAAGAGAGACUACGACGAGCAGAAGCACGAAGAAAAUGGCACAAAAACAAGUGAUGCAUUGGACUUCCGACUGAUGAUGCAAGGCAUGGAACAAGAAGAGCGCUCGGCAAUAUUUCGCAGUAUGCCACAUGUGUUGGCAAUCGGUUUUGGGGCUCCGUAUAUUGGAUCUACUGGACUUUCAGUAUUUCUGGAGUCACUGAAGCUUAGCAAGCGAGUAAUGACGUUUGUAAAUGAGUAUGACUGCAUCCCAAGUAUACUCAAUGUUGCUCAGUCAGCAGCGAUGGUUGCAAAAACGGCUGAGCGGUUUAUCACGAUUACGAAAGCGACGAAAGCACUGGCAAACUUGUUGCCCGUUCGGAUGCAACAACGAUUUAUUAAUUUGGCAGCAACCACCGACACUGGUAUCGUCCCAAAUGCGAGUUCGGCAUACUUGUCGAUGACGUUGAACAUUCUGCAAAGCACGUUCUACAAAUUUCGAGAAUUCAACAUCAUGAAGGAAAUUGAUUACCAGUAUUGUCCAUGCGGGACGUACAUUUUUCUCUCGAAGUCCGGAGCUGAUUUUCAGAUUUAUUCGGACCCAGGCGCUAUCAGCAAGGUGAUGGGUAAGGAAGAAGACUCGGAUCCUACCUUGACGGGCAACGCUAUUUUACAGCACUUGAUGAGUGCAUACGUCGAUUCGGUUGCACGCCGUUCGAAAUCCGUUCAGAUCAACGCGUCAAUGGAUUUUUAUGCGCGCCUUGGCAUUCCACGAAACGCGACAGCGAAACAAAUACGGAGUGCUUACAAGCGACUAGCAUUAAAGUGGCAUCCGGAUCGGUGGGCGAAUAGUUCGGCAAAUCCUCAGGAACGGGCCUCUGCGGAAGAAAUUUUCAAAUUACUGGCAGAGUCGUACGAGGUACUGUCUGAUGUUGAAGCACGUCAAACGUACGAUGCACAUUUGACCGACUCGCCUAGUCUUAAGGAAGAGUUUAUGCGCAAUGGAACAGUAAACGGAAUGACGCUCGAUGAGGCUAUUGCUACUUUCCAAGACGUGAUUGAUAAUAUUUCUGGGGUGGUAUCAAAGGUGACAUCGCGCUUCUCGACUCCAAAGUCGACGGUAGUGAACCCGCUCCGAAUGCCAUCGUCCAGUAGCAGCAGCCUGAGGCCAAACAAUCAUGACAACAUUUUUGCGCCAGAUCGAAUACGAGUGUCACGUACAGUGGGAAUUGGUGCUGACCAGCAUGAGCAAAUCCUGUACCUGGAACCAGAGGAAAUCAUAGCAGGCGAUGUUGCGGCAUCUAGCCAUGCAACAGGUAGCUCUUCAUCUUCAGCUGUCGGCUUGCGAACUGUUUCUGUGGUGGGUGGGGCUGUUGCUGUUGGAGCAAGUGUUGCGCUAAUCGUAAGUGCAUGGUCGCAGUACUCGGAGAUGUCGAAGCAAAAGCGCCAGGCUGCAGCGGUGAGAGCUAUGCCUGCUGAGUGUUUGUUGCUGCUGCUGGAAGAUUAUCACAGUACGCAGCGUUACGAUACAACGCAGCUACUUUUGCAACAAGCUGAUGACCGGGAGAAAAGAAAAGAUGCCGUGUCACUUGCCGUUCCUGAUGUGGAUAGAAAAACAGGCGAAAGCAUUAGUAAAGGAUACGCUGCCGCAGCGCUUGCUACUAUGAAACAAGAAGAAGAUGCCGCAGAAACUGAGCUUAUCGAAGACUAUUUUGAUUGCACCACGGAGUAUGAUAGUGUUGCCUUGGAGUUGAUGGCCGAGGAGGAGUUCUUCGACUGCGUUGAACUUAUGGAUGAAGUGGCGAUGCACUUUGGUGACGACGCACUGGAAGAAGAUAAGCGCGUGAGCGAGGGACCAGAUGAAGGUCGCGAGGCUGUGUUUGCAAGUGAGAUUGUUGCUUUUCCCUGUGGGUCAAUUGUCAACACACCCUUCGGUCUUGCGACUGUGCAAGAUUGGAGGGAAAAGGAAAUUGCUGCUGUUGUGCGCUUCUCGUGCAAUGAGCACAUGGUCGGAUACAUACAAAAAGUAGAUAUCUCGCGCGGCGCUUUGGCAGCGAAAGAGGUUGCAAGUGCUGUUUUGGAAUUGAAGAGAGCAAAGCUCGCGGAUCGCGUGAUAGCUCGGUACCAUUUGGACAAUGGAGAGGCGAGUGAUAGCUUGAAGAAGCUAGUCGCUGCAGGUGGCGAUGGUGCUUUGGAUAGUGGAAUUCGUGCAUUUGGUGGUGUAGCGUUAGCGAACGGUAUGGCAAGGUCAUCUUCAGCUUUGGGUGGUGCGGUGGCUGCACCACUUACAAUUGCUUCGAUUCUUGUCGAUAUUGGAAAAGAGUACUACGACUACCGUAAGCGAUAUACUGACAAAAAGUCUCUCGGUGGGCUGUCGAAGACCACGGAGCAACUUCUGAUGCAAAAUUUUCGAUUGAAAACCGGCGAGGUCAUCGCCAGCCGUACUGCAGCAGCGGCAGGCGCAGGUAUAGGUGCAUAUAGUGUGGCAUCAGCCCUAGGAAUGUGGAGCACUGCUGGACUUGCAGCCGGUCCUGUGGGUAUAGUGGCUGCCACAAGUGCGGCUGUUGUCGGCGGCAUGCUAGGUUUCUUUGCCGGCUCCAAGGUAUAUUCAGCAUCUACCGCACGGUAUUUCGCAAGCCAGCAAAAUGCGAAGGAACACAUCGAUCGUCUGGAGCUCGGUGCACGAGUUUUGUUCGAUGAAUUCGAUCCUGACGUUACAGGCACGAUCUCCAAAGAAGAUUGUACAAAGCUGAUGAAAAAGUUGUACGGUGCGAUGGGCUCGGUUUCGGAAAGCAGUUACGAGCGAACCAUGGCAGUGCUCCAAGACGAUACACUUGAGGGUCCUGUGACGUGGGGAAUGUUUUGGGAGUGGGUUAGCACUGAGGCGGCCCGGGCUCUACGCGAUCUGGAGCAUGAAGAGUCCAACCGGUCUGAACGCGUAGCGAGCAAAUCGUGGUGGAACAGCUAUAUGACGUAUUUCUCAUACUUUGACUCGACACCAGCUGUGCCGCUACUUGCGGAACCGCGGGCUUCCGUGUACCCGUCUGUCCUUGCUGCAUUGGACCUAUCUGCAUCUUCGGCUGAGGCUGAUCGACCGCAAGCUAACAAAUCUGAGGAAGAGAGCCUAGUGUUGAAGGCGCAAAUUGAGUUCUUGGUGAAUAGUGAUCAUCUGACCGCUAUGGAUGCUUUCCAGCUUCGAGAGCAGCUAGUGUCCGACGAUCCAGGGGUGAGAGAGGCUGCGCAGAAAACUAUUGCCGCUUUGAACAAUGGGCUCUUGGACAAGGCGUCCGAUCAAGCUCUUGUAUGCGACGGAUUUGGCUAUACUGGAGGUGACACCAUGAAUACGAUUGUCGACGAGCCUGAGAAGGAGAGGAACUUAGCUCGCGCACAAACGUCAAAGAUUGCCGCCAAAGACCAAGGAAAAAGAAAAAAACACGAACCUGACGAACGGAUCGAUGUCAUGUGCUCGCUGAUGUCAACCCAAGGUCUGCAGCGCUUCUUGCAGCGACAGAAUAUUUUCGUUUCGACUGAGAAUGAAGCGUCUGUACGGCACGAAGACUUGCACUGUUUGGCGCUGAUGGCAACAGAUACCACUCUGUCAACGCUGGAAUCGUCAACCUGA